UUGAAAUGCAAAAUGAUUUCACGGACUAUAGUUUAGUUGACAAUGAUUAAAGUUUUUCGCAGCAUUAAAUUUGAUUUUUAUUUUUGAUUUUAAAUCAGAUUUGAAAUUAAUAACGAAGGAGGAUGUUACGACAAGCUUGUUCAACCUUGUUUUGAUUAUAUAUAAUUCUUAAAUGGUAUUAAUUAUAAUGUGUUGUGUAUUGUACGUAAUAGCAGAUGUUCAAGAUAUAAGUGAAUUGUAAAAGCAGUUUGGCUGUCCAAUGACUCUUGUAUUGCCUGUUAUAUAAACUUACAUCUGCAAGUUGGUUUCCAAUAAAAUUUUGUCAAUAAACACCUAUAUGAUCUUACAUUUUAGAAAUUUAGAAGGUUAUGAGCAACAUAUAUAUUCAAGAACCUCCAACAAAUGGAAAGGUUCUUUUGAAGACAUCACUUGGUGAUAUUGAUAUUGAGCUGUGGUCCAAAGAGGCACCAAAAGCAUGUCGAAAUUUUGUUCAAUUGUGCAUGGAGGGGUAUUAUCACAAUACUAUUUUUCACAGAGUUGUAAAAGGUUUUAUUGCACAAGGAGGUGAUCCAACUGGCACAGGAACAGGUGGAGAGUCUAUUUAUGGAAAACCAUUUAAGGAUGAAUUUCAUCAACGACUUAAAUUUAAUCGUCGUGGUUUGGUUGCUAUGGCAAAUGCAGGUGCUGAUGACAAUGGGAGUCAAUUUUUCUUCACACUUGACCGAGCUGACGAACUUAAUAAGAAACAUACAAUCUUUGGAAAGGUUACAGGGAACACAAUCUAUAAUAUGAUACGCUUUAACGAUCUUGAUAUUAGUGAUGCAGAUGACAGACCAUAUGCACCACCCAAGAUUAUUAAAACGGAGGUCCUUUCAAACCCGUUUGAUGAUAUACAAGCAAGAAAAACGAAGAAGCAAUUGGAAGAAGAAGAACAAGAAAAACAAAAAGGAAAAAUUAAAAGCAAAUCAAAAGCCACAAAAAAUUACAAGUUGCUAUCGUUUGGAGAAGAAGCGGAGGAAGAUGAAGAUGAAGCUGAUCAAUUUACAAAGGAACAUCACAUUAAAAGUAGCCAUGAUGUUUUGAACGAUCCAAAGUUGAGUUCACAGCCAGCGAUUGAUCCUACGGAAAAAAGAAAAAAUGAGAACAGUGAAGUAUCAGACAGCAUUCGAAAAAAGCUAAAAAAAGAUGAAAAAGAAAUUAUUCAGAAAGAAGAAGAAGUAGAAGAUAUUGAAGAUAAAAAGAAAAAAGAGCGCAGGCGCGCAUUACAAGAAGAAGCUAAAAAGUUAAAGAGAGAAUUAAAAGCAAAAGAUAAAAUAGAAGUUAAUAAAAAAGAAGAAGUUGAAAAACCAGAAAAAGAACCGGUGAACGAUUUGAUGCGAACACUCCUCGACGAGCGUAAAACUUUCAUAGAAAAGAAGAAAGAAAAUGUACUACUUAAAAAAGGCGGUAAUCGAGAAAGCCAGACCUUGGAACUGCUCGCUGGUUUUGAACAAAAGCUUUCUAACAUCAUUGCAGCGGAACCGCCUUCCGAUAGUAAACAGAAGGAAACGAAAAAAGAUAACGAUAAAGAAGAUGAUGAGAAUGAUGAGGGAUGGAUGAGCCACAAACUUGACUUUGAAAGCGAAGAGAAAGCGAAAGAUGCAAACAUGAGGGGUGACGAUUGGUAUGACAUUUACGAUCCCCGCAACCCAAUCAACAAAAGAAAGCGAGAAAAAUCGAAAAAAGACCACAAGGAGAAGAAAUAACAUCUAAGUAGGGGCGUAAAAGUGUUGGCAGAUGAAUCGACCACUGAAGAUGAUUAGCGACCUGGAUAGAAGAAAUAAACUUUCCCGCUGAAAUGAAAUGUCCCGAUGCUUGGUUUCACGUAUCAUGCAAACUUCGCAGAGUUAAUAUUGUGACUGGACUGUAUGGAGAACGUAUUUCAUAAUCACCUGAGAUCAUGACAUCAUAUAGAUGACGCCUUGCGUGAUGCAUCUACCGACGGUGACGUUAUUUUAAAUUUCAUGUAAAUACGGUGACGAUUUAUACAUAUAUGUCCUCUAUUAUCUUUGAAAAAUAUGCUGACGUAGCACAACGCAA